AUGACUAAAGAUGAAGAAGACUUUAAGCUCCUAAAGAUCCAGACAUUUUCCCUCAGAGUCAAUAUCCAUUGUGAAGGUUGUAACCAGAAAGUCAAGAAACUUCUUCAGAGAAUCGAAGGUGUUUGCCACGUGAAGAUAGAAGCAGAGCAUCAAAAGGUGACCGUUUCAGGAUCAGUAGAUUCAGCCACACUCAUCAACAAGCUCGUUAAAGCCGGCAAACACGCCGAGCUCUGGUCCACCAACCAUCAGCCACACAAGCCCAAGGUUAAUGACGUCGACAAGAACCCUAGUCUAAAGGGUCAGAAGCAAGGAUCUACCAAAACUGGUCUCGAGACUUUGAAGCCCAAGAACAAUCUUAAAGGUCCGACCUUUGUCACCGAAGAAAAAGAAAACGGCGAGGAACAAGAAGACGGAGAUGUCCAGCCUCCUAAACCGGCGAAUCAGCAGCAACAAACCAAGAAAACCGGUGGAGGUGUCCCAAUAAACAACGAAGUCAACGCAUCAAAGAAAGUCAACCAAAAACAGAGCAACCAAAACCAGAACAUAACGGCUACGAGUAUGAGAAACGCCGUAAAAAUGGGUUCUGGCGUUGAUAGCACUGAGAUCGGAGCUCUCAUGGGACUCGCAGGAUUUAACGGCGCAGCAACAAACGCCGUGAGUGUGAUUCAACAACAACUUCAAGCCCCUCCACCGUUAAACAACAUUAACGGAGUCACUAAUCACAACGUAAACAAUGGUAAUGGAGGCAUGAUGAUGAACAUGAAUGGAUACAACAAUCAUCAUACAAUGAACAUGCAGAAUAUGCAAUUGAUGCAUCAUCAUCAUCAGCCUCAACAAAUGAUGUACCAAAGAUCAACUUUCGUUCCAACAACAAGCAAUGGGUAUUAUUACAAUUAUACCCCUAGUCCCUACGGUUAUUAUCCUUAUUACCCUUACCUUUCUUCCACCAUUGAGGAGCAGCAACAACCAAGUGGUCAUUUAUCUGCAACAAACAUGUCUAGUGAUGAAGACACUAGUAAUAAUAACAGCUGCAAUAUCAUGUAA